AUGAAAGAUGAAAUAUGCCAGUAUUUUCAGCAAGGCAGGUGCAAAUAUGGAAAUAAUUGUAGUAGACAACACAUUACUAUUUCUUCACUAUUAGAUCCACCUACAUGGAUAUAUUCCUAUAUACCCAAUCUUACACUUAAUGUUAUUAGUCCUGAAGAGUUCCGUUAUAGUUUACUUAUAAAUGAUACUAGACGUAUUUUAGAUGACAUGUGGAUAGAAAAUUAUGCAGAAAUGUAUAAAUAUUUGAAUAAUUUAUGCAAGAAAGGAAUUGUAAAAUCUACAUCUAAAAGGUGUAUAGAUUUAAGAAAGCAUCCUGAAUGUUUUAAUCUUCCAUUUGAUAUUGAGUAUGUAGAGUUAAAGAUACUUAAAUUAAGAGAGAAAUAUCCUAUAUUUGAUAAAUAUGAAAUAAUUGUUAGUGAUGAAGAUACUACAAUUAGUGAUUUUAAUGUAGAAAAUGCACCAAGUUUUGUAAAAGAAUACGCUUAUAAGAAAGAAGCAGAAGAAACACGGCAUGAAGAAGAAAAUAUUAGAGGAGGGAGAGACUGGAAUAAUAGGAUACAAAAAUAUAAUCAACAGGGGAAUAUUUAUCAGCAGAAAGGUAAUUUUGAAAAAAGAAAUUUUGAUGAUCAGAAAGGUAAUUAUGAGUUAAGAAAUUUUGAUCAACAGAAAGGUAAUUAUGAGUUAAGAAAUUAUGAUCAACAGAGGAAUAUUUAUCAGCGAAAAAAUUAUCAAUCGAAAAAUUUUGAUCAACAGAAAGGUAAUUAUCAAUCGAAAAAUUUCGAACAACGGAGAAAUUUCGAUCAGGCGAAAAAUUUUGAACAACAGAGAAAUUUUGAACAACAGAGAGAUUUUGAUCAACAAAAAAAUUAUCAAUCGAAAAACUUCGAUCAACAUAGAAAUUUCGAACAAAAAAGAGAUUAUGAACAAAAAGGCACUCAAUAUAGAAAUUAUUACAAUAAAGAAGAUAAUUAUUUAAAACACGAAUUUAACGAAAAAAAUCAAUCUUUUCGUUCGAAUACGCACACUCCUAAAAAGAAUAACAAGUCAUUUACACAAUCCAGAGAUUGGAAUAAAAAUCAACCAGAAGAAAAUAGUACAGAUUUUGAAUAUGGUAAUAUACCUUAUAAAAAUAAUUUAUAA